CAAAAGGAAAAGUUGUGAAUUCUUCGUCUGUUCCUAAAGCAAUGCCAGAAGCAAACCCCAAAGCACUUGACGCUAGUGAACUCGCAGCACUCAAACCAGAAGAUACAAAGUUCUCUGAUCUCGGAAUUAUUAAGCCAUUGUGCGAUGCUUGCGAUCAGUUGAAAUUUAAGCAUCCAACCGAGAUUCAAAAGGAAUCCAUACCCUGGGCUUUGGAAGGAAGAGACAUUAUCGGACUCGCCCAAACAGGUUCCGGUAAAACCGCAGCUUUUGCUCUUCCAAUUCUGCAAAAGCUAUGGGAUAAUCCACAAUCACUUUUUGCUUGCGUUAUGGCACCUACAAGAGAAUUGGCUUAUCAGAUCUCAGAAACAUUUGAAUCACUUGGUGCUUUGAUCGGCGUUAAAUCCGCCGUCAUCGUUGGUGGUAUGGAUAUGAUGUCGCAAUCAAUUACACUCUCCAAGCGACCACACAUUAUUGUUUGUACACCAGGUCGCUUGCAGGACCAUCUCGAAAACACAAAGGGAUUCAGUUUGCGAAAUCUCAAGUACUUGGUUAUGGAUGAAGCCGAUCGCCUUUUGGAUAUGGACUUUGGACCCAAGAUUGAUCAGAUUCUGAAGGUCAUUCCAAGAGAGCGUAACACCUUUUUGUUUUCUGCCACAAUGACAACGAAAGUUCAGAAAUUACAAAGAGCAAGUUUAAAUAACCCUGUCAAAGUAGAGGUAUCUGCAAAAUAUUCCACUGUAUCAACCUUGCUUCAGUACAUGUUGUUCUUUCCACUCAAACACAAAGAUUGCUACAUGGUGUAUUUGCUCAACGAACUUGCAGGAAACUCUACCAUUAUUUUCACCAGAACUUGUAGUGAUGCUCAGAAGAUUGCGGUCAUGCUCCGUAACCUCGGAUUCCCAGCCAUUCCAUUACACGGACAAAUGGCGCAGUCUAAACGUCUUGGUGCUCUAAACAAAUUUAAAGCCGGUAACCGGAACAUCCUUGUCGCAACGGAUGUUGCUAGUCGAGGAUUGGAUAUUCCUGCUGUGGAUAUUGUCGUCAACUAUGAUGUUCCUCAGACCUCAAAAGACUAUAUCCAUCGAGUUGGACGUACUGCUCGCGCUGGUCGAUCCGGAAAAUCUAUCACUUUUGUGACACAAUACGAUGUUGAACUCAUCCAGCGGGUUGAAAAAGAUUUGGGAAGAAAACUUGAUCAAUAUCCUCUUGAAAAAGAUGAGGUCAUGAUGCUCCAAGAGCGAGUAAAUGAAGCUCAACGUAUUGCAACUAUCGAGCUAAAGGAAAAAGGUGGUGACUCGAAAUCAGGCAAACGUGGCCGCGGCGGCAACGAUGACGAUGAUCAGGACCGAGAUGAUGAUGUUGUCCAGGCAGGAAACCGUAAAUUCAAUAACAACAAGAAAGGAGGAAAAAUGAAUAAGCGACGGCGAUGAAAAAUCUACCUUUCUUGCAUAGAAUUGAACUCUCUUUCACACUUAAUAAAAAAAUAACUUGCCCCAACUCCA